AUCGACCAUCGCAAUCUCUGGCCGUUUCCAGGCAGCACGAGCCAAGCCACGAGAGACGGACAGUUGGAUACAUCACAUGCGUUUGACGUCUUGAGAAACCUCCUUCGAUUGAUCCGGUCCAUUUUCACUGUGCACCUAGUAGCAAGGUUUGUUGAUCGGUUCAUGGUGGGACGAGCAAUGGCCAGGGCCAGGCAGGUGACCGGCGGUGGCAGCGAGGAGAUGGCGGCAGCGGUGGCGAGGGCGGUGAGCUGCCUCGGCACGGGGGUCGACAUGGCGGGCGACCUCCGGCUGAAGCACUGCAAGGCUGCGGAAGGAUGCCUCGUCGCCAGGAGCGGCGGGAAGGCGGCCGCGGCCGUCUCCGUGCCCGGGAUCGGUGCGGUGCCGGACGUGCCGUCGGACGUCAUGUGCGGCAAGGGCAACCGGAUCAGGAUCAGGUCCGACGUCCUCGAGUUCAACAAGAUGACUGAGCUGUUCAACGGCCGGAGCUCGGUGGCGGGGAAGAUCCCGUCGGGGCUCUUCAACGCGUGCUUCGGCCUGGACGGCGGCUCCUGGGCGCAGGACGCCUCCAGCACCAAGUGCCUGGCGCUCGACGGCUACUUCAUCUCCCUCCUCGACCUCCGCCUCGACUGCCGGCCGCUCGCGCUCGCCGAGCGCGUCGUCGCCGACGUGCCCGCCACCUGGGACCCGGCAGCCAUUGCAAGUUUCAUCGACAAGUACGGGACGCACAUCGUCGUCGGGGUGAGCAUGGGCGGCCAGGACGUGGUCUACGUGAAGCAGGACAGGUCGUCGCCGCUGCCGGAGUCCGAGAUCAAGGAGCACCUGGAGAAGCUAGGCGACCAGCUCUUCACCGGGACAUGCCCCAUGCCUGCUUCACACUCCAAGUCCAGAGAUAAUAACAAGACCAAGGUCCCUGGGGCCUUCAACGUAUUUGAUGGCCAGUUAACACAGCCGAGGGUUGAAGGAAUGACCAGUCAAGUCGCAUGCAAGGAGGGUGUGACGGUGAUAUACUCCAAGAGGGGAGGGGACACGGCGGCGAGGAGCCACGCCGAGUGGCUGCUCACCGUGCCGGCAAAGCCCGACGCCAUCGGCUUCAAGCUUGUUCCCCUGACAUCCCUUCUCAAGGGAGUGCCAGGCUUGGGCUUCCUCUCCCAUGCCAUAAACCUCUACCUGAGAUACAAACCUCCGGUAGAAGAUUUGAGGUACUUCCUCGACUUCCAGCACCACAGAUUGUGGGCCCCUGUGCUCAGUGACCUACCCCUCGCUCUGUGUUCGAACCGCCAGGGCGCGAGCCAAGCCUUGCACUUCAGCCUUGUGGGAUCAAAGCUCCAUGUCAACUCAAACCAGGUUAUCAUUCCAAACUUGCCAGUGACCGGGAUGAGGCUGCAUCUAGAGGGCAAGAAAAACAACAGGCUAGGCCUCCACCUGCAGCAUCUGGCGAGCAGCCCGUCGUUCAUCAACGGACGGCGCGACAAGCCGCCGGUAUGGCGCGGCUCGGAGACGAUCUCCGACGAGCGGUACCACGAGCCGGUCCAGCGGAGGAUGUUCGCCCACGUCUGCACCGCGCCGGUGAAGUACGACCCCCAGUGGUGCAGCGCGCACCGGCGGACCGCGUACGUCGUCUCCGGCGUGCAGCUGCACGUCAGGGCCCAUGACUCGACCACCGUGCUGCACCUCAGGCUCAUGUACACCGAGCUGGUAGGGUACACCGUGGUGCAGUCGAAAUGGGCGCACAACACGGCGAGGCUUUCGGGCAAAGGGAGCUUCCUGUCGAAGUCAUUUGCGUCGGCGGCGUCGUCUUCAGGCGCCGCUGAGAGAGAUCGGCAGGGGCCGGCGAGAGUCAAUGUCGACUCUGGCGUGUUCGCCGGAGGGCCGCCGGUGCCCGUCGGGGAGCAGAAGCUGCUCAAGUUUGUUGACACGUCGCAGGUCACCAUGGGGCCACAGGACGCCCCUGGUUACUGGCUGGUCACAGGUGCAAAGCUUGAUGUCCAGAAAGGGAAGAUCUCACUGCAUGUCAAGUUCUCACUGCUGGCUCCAGUUUCUUGACAAGGUGCUCCCAGGACUGUACAGUAUCAGACUUGCUAUAACUUUGUCACUCAUUCUUUCAAAAAUUGUACAGAGAAUCAGGCCCAAGGAAAUCCAAUGGGCAACAUUUCUGUUUCUGGUUGUCAGGCUGGAAUGUAAAUUAAAGAAAAGUAUCGUGAUGGGAUCUCCAACUAAAACACCAUGGUGAAUAGAGCAGAGCCAAUAAUAAUCAUGUGAGAAUAACAAUAUUCACAACCUGGGCAACGGGGUAUGCAGGAGCAGGA